GAGUCCAGAGCCGGCGAGAGGACGCUGGAGGGCGCGCUAGAGCGGCGCGGCCCGGUCUGGUGUGGGCGAGCCGGCCAUGGAGGACGAGCAGAGCUUCUCAGAUAUUUGUGGCGGCCGCCUGGCCCUGCAGCGCCGCUUCUACUCCCCUUCCUGCCUGGAGUUCUGCCUCAGCUGCCCUCGGAUCACCCUGCGUUCGCUCACCGCUGUCACCUGCAGCGUGUGGCUAGCGGCCUACGGACUCUUCACACUCUGCGAGAACAGCAUGAUCCUCUCUGCUGCCAUCUUCAUCACUCUCUUAGGCCUGCUUGGUUACCUCCAUUUUGUGAAGAUUGAUCACGAGACUCUGUUAAUCAUUGAUUCCCUUGGCAUCCAGAUGACCUCAUCCUACGCCUCAGGCAAAGAAAGCACCACCUUCAUUGAGAUGGGCCAGGUGAACGAUGUUGUCAUUAAUGAGGCUAUUUACAUGAAGGUGAUUUACUACCUCUGCAUUUUAUUGAAGGAUCCAAUGGAACCACAUGGGAUAUCCCAAGUAGUACCUCUCUUCCAGAGUGCCAAGCCCCGGCUGGACUGCUUGAUUGAAGUGUACAGAAGCUGCCAGGACAUCCUGGCACACCAGAAAGCCACAUCAACGAGCCCGUGAGUCCCAGCGUUUAGAAGGCCAGUAUUGUUUUCCAGAGGAGAUGACUCCUAAGCCACAGCGGCUGGUUUAUUUUCUGUAUUUUAAACCAUCAAGUGGGCACAGUCCUAGGAACCAGUAUGGAUGCGGUGGAUCUCAGAGCCGUAGAGCAGGUGCCUGGAAGCCUAACUUACUGUGUGGUGUUGAGCAAAGUAUUUAUGUGUAUUUUAGUGUUCCGCUUGUAAGAUUUUGUUUACCACCUGAGGGGAGACCUGGAAACAGUAUGUCAGGAGUAAUGUUGACGAAGAGCACUUUGUGAUAUUCCUAAGCACGUUCAAGUUUACUUUUUGUUGAAAUUUGUAGAGCAAGACAAUGGGAAACUGACAUCAGAUCUCUUGAGAAAGAUAAUUUUCAACUGCACAGUACCCCUGUAUAAAAGCUAAGAGAAAAAGCAAGCCCUUCAGGGGCUGGUCAGUAGGAAGAAAUGUCCUACAAAAGACUAGUCUCUGUCCACCUAGCUCCUGUGUUCUGUACAGGGUUAAUUUAUGAUGAUUCUCUUAAUAAACAGAUCUCCUUCCAAAACAUACACAA